UGCAAUACUAGCUCGUCACUGUCUAACACCAGUACACCAUUAUGUUUCGUGAAUGUAACUCUUGGCAUCCGAAACAAAGGGUUUAACAAGAAAAGAACCAACCAAAAGCCAUGCACUUGCCAUCCAACGUGCUUCAAAGUAACUCAAAACCGAAUUGGCACAUUGGAUGCGGAAAGUGCUUGAAGCGAUUGGGUAUCCAAGUAACUUCACCAUUUUUUUGUUUAUAAACCCUAUUCUCGUCCACUGUUUUCUCUGAAUUUCUGUCGAAAACAAAGGCCACAAAGCACUCUGCCCUUCAAUUGUUUCCAAUAAUCUCAUGUGCUAAGAUCAUUGGUCUCUUCCCUUCCUGUGUGCUGAGACUCAUCCUGGGUUUCCUGACAAGUGGACAAUUAGGCGUACACUAAUUGGCUGUGGGACAGUAAGGUUGACAAUUUACUUCCUCUGACUCCUCCACCUGUCUUUUCUCCACGUAUAAAUUCAGUACCAACUAUGUAUCGUCGCAUGAUUAAAGCCUUACCGGUCUUUCACAACAAUCAGUAUAACAAGAUCAUCAGACAAGCUACAAGUAGUUGUGAGUUCUCUCCCCGUAAAACUCAAACUCUUGUUCCAGAGCCCACCAUGUCCAGUUCUGUGGGCCUUAUCAUUCCCUGCAAAGCUGCAGUUGCAUGGGAAGCAGGGAAACCGCUAGUGAUGGAGCAGGUGGAAGUGGCUCCACCACAGGCAUUGGAAGUGAGAAUCCAGAUUAAGUACACCUCCCUCUGCCACACUGAUCUCUAUUUCUGGGAAGCCAAGGGCCAAACUCCACUCUUUCCCCGGAUAUUUGGCCAUGAAGCUUCUGGAAUUGUCGAGAGCGUCGGAGAAGGGGUCAAUGUUUUCCAGGUCGGAGACCAUGUUCUUCCGGUAUUCACAGGAGAAUGUGGAGAGUGCAGGCACUGCAAGUCCGAGGAAAGCAACAUGUGCGACCUGCUGAGGAUAAACACUGACAGAGGUUUCAUGCUCAACGACGGAAAAUCCCGUUUUUCAAUCGACGGACAGCCAAUACAUCACUUCCUCGGCACCUCUACCUUCAGUGAGUACACGGUUGUGCAUUCAGGUAGUCUGGCAAAGAUCAAUCCACUGGCACCUCUGGACAAAGUGUGCGUUCUCAGUUGUGGCAUUUCAACAGGACUGGGUUCCACGUUGAAUGUGGCGAAACCAAAACAGGGUUCAACAGUCGCCAUCUUUGGUCUGGGAGCUGUUGGCCUAGCGGCUGCUGAGGGCGCAAGAAUUGCUGGAGCAUCCAGAAUCAUUGGCAUCGAUUUGAAUCCAAAGAGGUUUGACGAAGCAAAAAAGUUUGGAGUUACAGAGUUUCUGAACCCGAAGGACCAGGACAGACCAAUUCAAGAGGUAAUUGCAGAGAUGACCGAUGGCGGCGUUGACAGGAGCAUAGAAUGCACCGGCAACAUCAAUGCAAUGAUUUCAGCUUUUGAAUGUGUUCAUGAUGGAUGGGGAGUGGCAGUCCUUGUAGGAGUCCCUAACAAGGAGGCAGUGUUUAUGACUAAACCCAUCAACUUGCUUAGCGAGAGAACGUUGAAAGGCUCUUUCUUCGGGAACUAUAAACCAAGAACCGACCUUCCAUCUGUCAUUGAAAUGUAUAUGAACAAGAAGCUGGAUGUCGACAAGUUCAUAACUCAUCGGGUGCCUUUCUCAGAAAUCAACAAGGCCUUUGACUUGAUGCUGAAGGGGGAGGGCCUGCGAUGUGUUAUUGAUAUGGAGAAGUAAAAUAUAAGAAAAAUAAUGGACAGAA